CACCCCACCGCGCCAUGCCGCCUAAUCUGACCGAGGCGAAGCGAGCCAUCUCCUCGCUGUCUCUGGGCGGAGGAGGCGGGGAGCUGGUGAGGAGGGGGGCCGGGGACGGGGAGCUGGCCAGGCCCGAUCAGCCGUCUCGCUGCACCUGGAGGCCGGGGGCCGAUGCCAUCACCAGCCCGCACCGGCGCCGCUGCCCGUACCCCAGCGGCCGCGAUGACCGCAAAUCUAUGAACAACAUCCUCAAAAUGAUUGGAAGCACGCCACUUGUGAAGCUCAACAAGAUUCCGCAAUCGCUCGGAUUGAAAUGUGAAAUGUACGUGAAGUGUGAGUACUUCAACCCGGGUGGCAGCAUCAAGGACCGCGUGGCCAUGCGGAUGGUGGAGGAGGCUGAGAGAGACGGCAGACUGAAGCCGGGAGCGACGCUGAUCGAGCCCACCUCCGGAAACACCGGCAUCGGCCUGGCUCUGGUGGCGGCCGUCAAGGGCUACCGCACCAUCAUCGUGAUGCCGGAGAAGAUGUCCAACGAGAAGGUGGCCGUGCUGCGCGCCCUGGGAGCGGAGAUUGUCCGCACGCCGACGUCCGCCCACUGGGACUCGCCAGAGAGCCACAUCUCCGUGGCGCAGCAGCUUCAGAAGGAGAUACCUGGCGCUGUCAUUCUCGACCAGUACCGGAACGCUGGGAACCCGCUGGCGCACUAUGACACGACGGCGGCGGAGAUCCUGGAACAGUGCGGGGGACAAGUGGACAUGGCCGUCGGAGGUACCGGCACUGGCGGAACCAUCACCGGCCUGGGACGCCGACUGAAGGAGAGUAACCCUAACUGUGUGAUCGUGGGCGUGGACCCACACAGUUCGGUGAUGGGCUACGGGGACGGAGCCGAGAACUGCGGCCCGUCCGGGGCCGUGGAGGGGAUCGGCUCAGAGUUUCAGCCCACAGUGCUCGACUACGGCGUCAUUGACAAGUGGGUGAAGAUGAGUGACAAGCCGGCCUUCCUGAUGGCGCGUCGCCUGAUCCGGGAGGAGGGACUGCUGAUCGGCGGCAGCAGUGGGGCCGCCGUCCACGCCGCGUGCCAGGCGGCCCGUGACCUUCCCGAGGGUUCUCUUGUGGUCGUCAUUCUCCCGGACAGCGUCCGAAACUACAUGACCAGGUUCCUGGAUGACGACUGGAUGGCCACCCGUGGCUUCUGCGACUCCCUGGUGCCCAAACAUGACACCUGGUGGUGCCAGCUCCUUGUAUCCGUGCUGAAGGUGACGGCUCCCAUGACGCUGCUGCCGGAGGUCACUGUCCAGGACGCCGUCGAUAUCAUGAAGAGGGAGGGAUUCGAUCAGCUGCCCGUCAUCAAUGAUGCUGGGUAA